AUGGCUGACGUUCUUGACGAUCCGACCUUUUUCCUGCCCACGCAGCAAACCACAAACCGGGACAGGUUUGGCAAGAAUGGCAAGAGUGCGAGCAAGGAGAGUGAAGAAGACGAUACCGUGUUCCAGUUCGCCAAUGGCGACAUGGGCGCACUGAACAGGUUUCUUCACGGUGGAAGGGUUCUCCCCUUGACGCCUGAAACCUACUACCAGACCGUUGGGAUCCUCAACCAGGACAAGCUCACCGCAAAAAUCCAAUCGCAGAUCCAACUCACGCUGGAAACCUUCAAAGCUGUCCACCGCGAUUGCGCUGGGUUCCUCGGAGACGUCCAGCAGGACAAACGCCACUUGUGGGCCAAGGGCGGCACCGAGGACGAGUUUGACCAGAUGUGCACAUGGGACAAGAUGGGCAAAGUGUCGGGCGAGAUCUGGUCGUAUUCCAAGGACGCAGGCGGCAAAGUUGCAGAUGAUUCGUACUACGUCCUGAUGUUGACGUACUGCAGGAAGUUCAACGAAGCCACGACUGCAGGCGAGAAAGAGGAAGCCCGCACAACGGUCGUCGAACUCACCGAGUCUCUUCUCGACUCAAUCGAGCCGAUCCAGGCCCACAUCGAAAAGAUCAAGACGGCGUUGAACGAGUUCGAUAAGGCCUGCGAGAAAAAUGAAAUCGACCUCCAGUCCUUGGAAACCAACAUGACCGACUUGCUCAACGAGGAACUCGGCAGUAUCGAGGACCUGCAGAAGGAGAUCGAUGACCAGCUCAAGAAGAUCGAGGCGGAUCAAAAGAUCAUCGACAACUGCCGAUACAAUCAAGAAAUGACAGCCGCCUACGUGUGGAUCCCGCUCAUUGGCACCAUCGCCGCCAUAGCAGUCUACGAGCAGAACCAGGAAAAGAUCGACGAAUACGAGAGCAAGAUCAAGGAACUCCAGAAACUCAUGAAAAGCGAGAACGAGGACAUUCAGAUCCACAAGACCCUGCAGGGCAAUCUAACCUCCAUGAAGAACCAAUCUUCAGACCUCCGUAAGCAGAUCGGCCCAGCCAGGACAACAGUCGAGGAGCUGGGGGGUGGUUGGGAGUUCAUGAGGGUUCAGCUGGAGUACAUCCACGACAAGGCAGCCAAGUUCGAGGACAAGAUCCCCAGCAUGACCAUGACCGAGAUCCAGCUCAACUCCAUCUGCAACGCGUGGAACGGCCUCGAGACAUACGUUGCCAGCUAUAUCCAGACAGCCAACGUCGUCCCUAUUGAACCUAUGUCGCUUGAUGCUUAUGUACGCGAGCUCGACCAGGCCAAGAAGAAGCUCUAG